AUGUCAAAUUUGUUUAUCGUAGAUGAAAUAUAUACUAGUGGGUUUAAAACAGGAGCUUUAGAUAUUGUUUCUAUAUUUGCAAUAUUAUGUGCCAUUUUAACAAUUGUAAGUAAAAAUCCGAUAGUCUCUGUUCUAUUUUUAAUAGGAUUAUUUGGGAGUGUAUCUUCUUAUUUAAUAUUAUUAGGUUUAAAUUUUAUAGGUUUAUCUUACUUAAUUGUUUAUAUAGGAGCUGUAUCUAUACUAUUUUUAUUCAUUUUAAUGCUAAUUAAUAUUAGAGUUAGUGAAUUACAAAGUAAUACUAAAAAUAGUAUACCUUUAGCUUUAUUUAUAACAAUAUUUUUUAAUUAUUUAGUUUUCCAAUUCUUACCAUAUGAUUUAGCUAUUUUAAAUAAUUCAAAUAAUUCAUUAAAUAAUGUAUUAUACCACACAUCAUUCAAUGCUCCCGGAGAAAAAUUAUUUAAUAAUACUACAAUCUCAAAUUUAGGAGGAGAAAGUUCUGAUCUAUUUUUUGCUACAAGUAGUAGUUGAGAUGGAAAUUUAAUAGAAACAAGCCAUAUAUCUAGUAUAGGUAAUAUACUAUAUACAAGUCACAGUAUGUGAUUAAUACUAGCCAGUUUUAUUCUAUUGUUAGCUAUGAUAGGUGCAAUAGUUAUUACAAUAAAACCAAAAAAAAAAAGGGAUUAG